UUGAUGACAACAAUUGAUUUUCCGAGUACAAUAUAAAGUUUUAUAAUAUCCGUAUUAGGAUUAGGGCAUUAUCAUGGCUUCUAAGAAAAUUGCCGAAGCUGAGGAGCUAGUCCGCAUGGCCGAAAAAAGCUUAAAGGUAUCUUUAUUAAAAUGGGCCCCUGACUAUGACAGCGCCGCUGAUGAGUAUUCCAAAGCAGGCACUGCAUAUCGAAUAGCGAAGUCGUACGAAAAAAGCAAGGAUUGUUUUUUAAAGGCAAUCGAAUGUUAUAAAAACAAUAAGUCCUGGUUCCAUGCCGCGAAGUCAUAUGAACAGAUUAUUUUACUGAUGAAAGAUAUGGAUAGACUGUCUGAGAUAGAAGAAUAUGCCAACAGGGCCUGCAAACUAUAUCAACAGUAUGGCUCCCCAGAAGCUGCAGCUGCUGCAUUAGAUAAGGCAGCUAAAUUAACUGAGCAAAAACAUCCUGAAAUGGCACUACGGUUUUAUCAGCAUUCAUUAGAAGUCAUAUUGAUUGAAGAUUCUACCCGACAAGCGUCUGAGAUCGCAUCAAAAAUUUCAAGAACUCUAGUUAAACUAAAUAAGUACGAUGAAGCUGCUCAAGCCCUAAAAAAAGAAAUUGGCUUAAAUAUGAAAACGGAAUCGUAUGGACAAAUUGGCCGCUUGGUUGUGGCAUUAGUGUUGGUUCAGUUGGCCCGUGGGGACUCUGUCGAAGCAGAAAAGGCAUUUCGAGAAUGGGGUAAUUGUUGUGAGCGCGAAGAAGUUGGAACGUUGCAAACACUUCUACAGGCUUUUGACGAAGAAGAUUCAGAAGUAGCUCAGAAAAUGUUAGGUUCUCCUUUUAUAAAACAUAUGGAUGUUGAAUAUGCAAUUUUAGCCAGAAAAAUUCCAUUGCCACAAGGCAUACAAAUAGAGAAACCCAACACACAAGGAGCCAAUGAAACGGUUGAUGCCGUCAACAGUGUCGAAGAAGAAGAUGAAGGCGGUUUGUGUUAAAAUAUAAUAUAAAUAGUUUAAAUAUUCCCUUUUAUUAUUGAUAAAGUUACAAUAUUAAUCCAUUUAGUAAAUAUAAAUAUUGCAAUGCAACUGUUACGAAA